UCCAAGCCCUAGUGCCACGUCAGGCCAGGGAGCUGUGCGCUGCCCGGGCUGCUGCUGCAGGGAGCGGGUAGAGAGUUGGGCGCCUCUUCUCCGCCUUCCUCGCCCUCCUCGGCUCCCCAGCGUACACGGGCAGGCCAGCACCGAGUCUGGCCUGGGGGUCUUAACCGAUCCCAGAAGCAUGAAGUCCCGGGCCCCCGCUAGCGCUCUAGGGCAGGGGCGGCUUCAGCUGCAUCCGCCGCCGCCGCCUUUGCUGCUGCUGCUGUUGCUCCUAUUGCAGGCCGAGGUGCUGAGAUGCUCCCAGCUGACUUUCGAACUGCCAGACAGCGCCAAGCAGUGUUUCCACGAGGAGGUGGAGCAGGGGGUGAAAUUCACCAUGGGUUAUCAAGUCAUUAAUGGUGGUCACUAUGACGUCGACUGCUUUAUUGAAGACCCCCAUGGAAAGACAAUUUACAAAGAAACCAAGAAGCAGUAUGACAGUUUCUUUCACCACACAGAGAUCAAAGGAAUCUACAAAUUCUGCUUCAGUAAUGAGUUUUCUACCUUUUCCCACAAAGUUGUCUUCUUUGACCUUAUCAUUGGAGAUGAGCCACCCAUCCUCCCAGAGAUGGGAAACAGAGUCACUGCAUUGACGCAGAUGGAAUCUGCUUGUGUGACCAUUCAUGAAGCCUUGAAGACAGUGAUUGAUUCUCAGACACAUUAUCGACUCAGGGAAGCUCAGGACCGGAACCGGGCUGAUGACUUGAAUGAGCGUGUUUCUUACUGGUCUGUGGGGGAGACAGUCAUACUGUUUGUGGUCAGCAUCAGUCAAGUGGUGCUUCUGAAAAGCUUCUUCACAGAAAAGAGACCAACCAGUCAGGGGGUCAGCUCAUAGUUCCUGGGCACAAGCUGCCUCUUGAGUCUUGCUCAACAAAAGAAGUCCAAUUGAUACCUUCUACUUAGGGAGUAGAGUGUGGAUCUUUUCCAUGUUCUUAAAACUCAAAGGAGGAUUAACCUCUCUGUGUUCUGUUGACUUGUAAGGUCAGGUGAUAGCAUGGAGGCAAUGCCACCAUACAUUGUAACACAGUGCCAUUUUGUACGUUUCUAGUCAUUUUGCUCCAUGCUGUCUUAUAAGUCUGAUCUGGCAUGCUCUAUGAGAAGAAAUAGAGCCAAGUAAGAAAAGAAUGAAUCUGGCUAACUUUGACUGGGAAGUGGACAGUGGCAAUGGUUUAGGGACAGCAGCUGGCCACUUCUCAGAAAUUCACAAUUUAGUAACUCCCCAAUGUUGACCUAAACCUCAGGGCUCUUCAGUUUUCUUCCCUCAUCCCAUGCUUCAGUUUUCUUUGCUGUAAAAAACAAAUCAAACUUUUUCCCCCUUUUCUCCUCCUUCCUUCCCUUCCUCUUUUCCUCGCUCCCUCCUUCCUUCCUUCUUCACUCCCUUUGUCUCUUUCUC